UUUAACUUUACCGGAGAUCGCCGAGGACGCCGACCUUUUAUCAGUUCAAUAGUUCGAAAAAUAUGGAGCUGAUUUUACGUACGAAGAAUUGCAUAGUUGACAGUAGAACAAAUUAGCUUCCAAUUUAAUCGCUGAAUUAAAUAUUAAUCAACUAUUCGCCGAAUUUUGAAGAAGAAAAACAGUAUGGUCAGUAUAGACGAAACGAAUCCUGUGAAUAUUCUAUCGCCUUCGACCUUGACUCAAGAAAUUGCCGAAGAUAAUCCCGAAACAUCUGGUAACCAAAUAGAAUCGGUGAAAGAAACACCCGAAUCGAAUUCCUGUCAAAAUUGCUGUUGUCAGUUCCCAUCAUUCAUGGGUUGUGUGGUGAAAACUAAUCGAAACGAUUCGAUUUCCGAUGGCUCAAAGUCAGAAUAUAAACCAUACUUCCAGUUGGAAACAGAAGAUGAGAAAAUAUGUUAUGAAUAUUUCAAAUUAUUGGCACGAGUUACCCAUGACGAGAUCGUUGAAAAACACAGAGAACGAGCUUUGGAAGAAUUACAUCAGUAUCGUUUAAGUUUACUAUUAGAAGAAUUACGUUUAAUUGAAGAAAACGAUGUAUUAUAUUCAUCAUCGGACGAGUGUUGUUCGCAAUUUGAAGUUAGAAUGCCUAAUAAACGAAGAAGCCUGAAGAUAAAUAACAAAAAGAGGCGGUUUCAAAGGCAAAAGAUAAGAAGAUAAUGAAACCAUCGAAGCAAAUGAGUAAUUAUUUAUCGUAAAAUGUUCUCUGCUUACCACUUUUAUGUUUCGUUUUAUUUGAUUAGUGAUAACUUCCUAUGCUUGUGAAUCUCACUUUUUCUUAAAUUUUAAUUACUUGAUCAUAAUGAUGUAAAAGUUCGCGACGAUGUUCCUGAUGUUGAAAUCCUCUUUUGGUGCAAUAAUUACGAGGUAAUUUAGUAUAGUACAACUAUUAAUAAGUAUUAAGCUGUAUUUUUCGCCAAAAAUUGCUUCUCGUUUUAAUCGAGUGUUACCUAUAUUGAGCUUUCUGCGAUUUUAUCUUAAUAAAUUUGCUAAUUCUCUGUCAA